AAAAGAGUGACCAGAAUGACAGAGAGUGUGGCAAAUGGGGUCCUCACUGGGGUUGUGAAGGUCUCUGGAUUUUUUACUAGUUCAGUGGUAAAUUCAAAAGCAGGAAAGAAAUUUAUCAGCAUGCUACCUGGUGAAGUUGUGUUGGCAUCACUGGAUGGAUUCUGCAAAGUGUGUGAUGCUGUUGAAGUAGCAGGAAAAAGUGUUAUGUCAACAUCAUCCACGGUUACAACCGACAUUGUCAAUCACAGGUAA